AAGUCUGCACUGUCUCUGCCUGCUCCUCCCGCUGCUGGAUCCCACGGGUCCUAGUGCACACCGGAUGUGGUUAACCAAGUAUGAGUUAAGGAGACGAUGGUGCUCUCCCUGGUGUUCUCCACCUCAGGUCAACAUGUUCAACCUUAUGAGCAACUGCUGCAGCUGGGUCUCCAAACUCCAGCAACCCCUGAGGAAGAUUACAGUGCUGGUUGUCGGCUUGGACAAGGCAGGAAAAACCUCUUGCGUCAGAGGAAUGUUGAGAGUGCCUCCUGGAGAUGUAGGUCCUACUCAUGGAUGCGUCCGCACUGAAUUAAGGGUGGAGAACUACCUGGUUAAUAUACUGGAUAUAGGUGGAGGUCUGGAGGUGCGUGGCUCCUGGAGAGAGCAUUACGGUGAAGCUCACGGCAUCAUCUUUGUGGUGGAUUCAAGUGACAGACAACGAACGAAGGAGGUCAAAGAAGCUCUGGUGGACCUGCUGAAGCAUCCAAGAGUAGCAGGAAAGCCUCUGCUUGUGCUGGCAAAUAAACAAGACAAAAUGAAUGCUCUGCUGGGAAAUGAGCUCAUUGAAAUUCUCUCCCUAGAGAGGCUGGUCAACCAGAGCCGGUCGCUUUGCCAUAUUGAGCCAUGUUCUGCCUCAAUGGACCUCCGUCGCUGGUCAGACAGAAAAACCCUGCGGGGUCUGAGAUGGUUACUGCGAGCUGUGUGUCUGGACUACCCAGAUCUCUGUGCCCGCGUGAUGAGAGACGGCAGACGACCAUUAGGCCCAGAGGAAAAAGAUAGGAAGGGAAAAAUUGAGAAGAGCCGGAAUAAAACUAAAGAUGAGAAAAUACCCACAAGCAAAACAGAUAUUCGUCAAGAACAGCAUGGUGAAACUGUAAGAAAAAAUGGGACUCUGCAACCAAUCAAAAAUAUUCUAAAUAAGGAGAACUCUUUCAAAAAGAAAUUAAGCAAAAAGAAGAAGGUGAAGGUUAAAAUUAAGAAGGAGAGUCCAAGCAGAGGAGUAAAUGAGGAAGAGGAGACUGAAGCAAACGAAGCGGAACAGGAGCACAACAAUCAGAAAGAUAAAGCCAGCAGUGCAUUACUGCCUCCGAAACGUGGGAAGCUGAAACGCAAAGCCAAAGUAAAAGAAGAAAACUCAGGUUUACCAGAAUCCCCCAACAGUGAGCUCUCCAAACCCUCUAAAGGAAAAGAGGAAAGAAAGAGGAAAAAGAAGACGGUUAAAGUGAAACGAAAAAACAAGAUCAACACGGAGGAAGUUCCUGCUGCGUACACACAGCCUGUUGAUUUGUCCAAUACUUUCGACCUUUACCGAAAAGCUAUUUUGGCUCUCAAAGCCCGACAGGAACAGGAGAUGGUUUCGGGAUAGUACAGAAAAAGGAUCAUUGAUGUGAUGAAGAUCUUUGAAGAAAAGCUGAUAAACCCCUUUUGGAGGUCUUUUACCCACUGGACGAUGAACUGAACCCAUCUAGAGCUACCAACUAGAGCUACUGUUUUGUAACACUAGAAGGUCAGCAUCAAUACUUUUUGAGGUAACUUUUAAAAAAAGAUGUAAGUAAUUGUAUUAAGAAUUUGAUCAAUUAUUUAAAAGAAAAAUAGAAGAAAAACUUCCUAUGAAAGUGAUAUUAUUAACAGAGUUUUGUCUUCUAACUUGCAUGUGACCUAACCUAAAAUCAGUCAGUCUGAUGGUUUACUUUGGUGUGCAAUGCAACGAUAUAUUUGAAUUCCACAUGUGUUCUUUACAGGUUUGAAUAAGAUGCCUACUCCCUCUUUUUUUGUAAAAUGUUAUUUAUUUGUACAUCUUUCAAUCUUUUUAGCCAAUUUGUACUUUUUAUCGAUGUGUGAUGGUUUUAUAAAGAGAGAAAUUGAAUGAUGGGAUGCUUUGUUCAAAUAUUCAUCCCUGAUGUUUUUCAAUGAAACUAAUAAAUGUUGAUCAAAAUA